AUGAACAAUAUUUCAAUUCGUAAACCAUUAUUUGAAGUGCCCAAUGAAAAUAAGAGUAAUGUUCUGAAAUAUGAAAAAGACAAUGAUUUUAAUAAUAAAAAAAAUGACCCAUUAAAUUUAGAAAGCUAUAUAAGUUCAACUUUACCAUAUAAAAGAAUUGAAAACAAUUAUCAUAAUUGUAAUAAUACUAAAUAUGAUGAAAAUAAUAGGAAUGAUCAUGAUCAUAUACCUUUAGAUUUAAAUGAUAAAGAAAAUAUGAACUUUUUUGUUAAUAAAAAAAAUAUACAUAACACAAAUUUAAACUAUAAUCAUGAUAAUAUCUUACAAUCUUAUAGAAAGGGAGAAAUAAAUACAAACUAUAAUAUUAUGGAUAAUAUGUAUGAUGUAUAUUAUAUUAAUAAAAGUAAAGCUAAUCUAAAUGACUAUCUAAAACAUGUAAAUAUUAAUCAUACUGCACCGUGUAUUGGAGAAUUUAGAACUUGCAUGAACUGCUUUUUAAAUAUUUCUACACUCUUCUGUAAAACUUGUAAUAUUUUCUUAUGCGCAAUUUGUAAUGUAAAAUUACAUAAUAAUAAAUCCAAUCAUAUUAUAAAUGUAGCUAGUAGCGGAUUAUAUGAAAAUAAUGUUAAAUUCAAUGAUAUUAUUUUAAAAGAAAAAGAUAAAUGGCUUGUUGAAUUAGAUAAUAGUAUACCAAUAAAAAUUAGAGAAAAAUGUUCUGUUCAUACUAAGGAAUAUAUAAAAUAUGUAUGUAAAACUUGUAAAUAUACACUACUGUGUGCAGAUUGUUUGUUAAAUGAUCCUGUACAUGUUCAGAAUAAAAUGGAAAAUGAUACCAACAUAAUGCAAACUUUACCUGAACAAAAUAGAAAAAAGGAACAAUUUUUACAUGAACAAAAUAGAAAAAAUGAACAAUUUUUACCUGAACAAGUUCAGGAAAAUGAUGAUGAUGAUGAUAAAAAUGGAUCAGAGAAUGAUAAGGACCAUGUGAAUAGUUUAUUAAAUACCAUUAAGGAUGAUGAAAAAAAAGAAGAGGUUAAUAUAAUGAAUGAGAAAAAUCAAAAAGAUAGUAAUAAAAACAAAAGAGAAAAUCAAUAUAUAGUUAGUAUAUAUAAAAAAGAAGAGACAAGUGAUUCAAUUAAUAAAGGUCAUAUUCAAAAUGUGAUUUAUAAUAACGAUAUUGACAAAUUAAAACCUGGAUUUAAAUUAAUUAGAGGGAAUCACGAAAUUCUAACAUUGAUUGAUGCAAGAAACGAGAUAAAAGAAGAAUUAAAUAACAAAUUAGAAAUAUUGUGUAAAAAAUCUCUAAUUUUAAAAAAUACUUUGCCUUCAUUGAGAAAUAUUUGUAAAUAUGGUAAAAUUACAUGUAAAAAUAAUAAAAGAUCCAUACGAUCUGGAUUUACUGUAACAAAUAAAAUUUUGAAUGAUAAAAAGGUUAAGAUUCAUAAUCAUUUAAAAAAAUUACAAGACAAAAGUACGAACUUUUUAAAAAAGUUAGAUGAAGAAAGAAUAAAUUAUCGAAAUUAUUUAGAAAAGAAAAGAAGUGAAUUACAACAUAUGAUAAAAUUGAGUAAUAAAAAUGCAGGUUUGGCAUUAGAUUAUUAUGUACAGAAAUUAGAAUCAUUUAAAUGUUUAUUUUUUACAAAAGAUAAUUUAAUAGAUAUAGAAAAAAAAUUAGAAGUACCUCAUUCUCAAAUAAAAUCAGAAUUUUUAUCAUCUCUAAUAGAAGACAUGAAAUAUGAUAUUUUAAAUUCAAAAAUGAAUAUACAAAAUACAUGUCACAAUAUAAAAAAUGAAUUUGAAUAUUUAUUUAAUUGUAAUAUAGAAAUUCCUGUAUAUCCAGUUCAUUUUAGAGAUUUUUUAAAAAAGAGAACAUUUAAUAAUAAACAAGAUAUUGACUUGAUAAGUAAUGAUAAAAAAAAAAGACAACAAUAUUUUCAUAUAUUACCUUUUACAGAUUUUUAUAUGAAUAUUGAAAUAUCUUAUCAAAUGAAAUGUAAUAGAAAAGAUUCAUUACAUUCAAAAUGGGAAAAAAGGACAGUGUCAGUUCGUUCAAUAUAUUUAUGUAUUCAUACACAUUCAAAAUAUAUACAGUCUGAUAAAAAUCAAAAUGAUGCAGUAGGGGAGGUAGUAUAUGAGGGGGCACAGGAGGAAAUAAGUGAACAAGAGAAGGGAGAUAAGAAAAUGAUAGGUGUAGAUGGAAUGGAAAAUAAUGAAAAUAAUGAAAAUAUUAAAAAUAAUGAAAAUAAUGAAAAUAUUGAAAAUAAUGAAAAUAUUAAAAAUUACCAACAUGCAGACAAUAUACGUGCUACAUUUUCAAACCAAGACAAGUGCCUAAUUCAAAAAAACAUGUCAAACAAUUUAAAUAAUGACAUCGAAUCUAUUAUAUGUCUUAGCAAUGUUGAAAUAAAAAUGUUCAAUGAUCCUGAUAUAACAAAUAUAACUAUAUUAGAAAAAAGAAAUUAUUCUUAUGGAAUAGAGCUAACUGAAUAUAAUGAUAAAAAAGAAUUAGUUGGUUAUUGGCUUUUAAGUGUAAAUAAUGAAAACGAUAUGAAAGAAUUAUAUCAUAUAGUAUGUAAUAUUAAAAAGAAAAAUCCUAGAGCUGCUCGUAUACCUUCAUUUCAUCCUAAGAUCAAUAUGAAUAAUUCUAUGUUUACUUAUCAUGAAAAUAAUAUAAGUACGAUAUAUAAGAAUUUUUCAGCAAAUCUUAUUGAACCAUCUUAUUUUAUGAAUACAUCUCAUAAGGAUACAAAUGAGAAAAAUAAAAAUUUUAUAGAUCAAAGUAUAAGUGAUAAUAUGAGUGAUGAGAAGAAACAAUAUGAUAGUAUAGAAUCCUUAACAGAUAGUGAUAAAAUAAAAAAUGAUGAAUUUUAUCAACAUGCAAAUAGUUCUAGUUUAUUAUAUUAUUACGACUACAACGAUGAUAAUAAUAAUAAUAAUAAUAAUAUGAAUAAUAUGAAUAAUGUGAAUAAUUAUAUGUAUCCUAGUAGUAGUAGUAGUAAUAAUAAUGAGAAUCAUAAAUAUGUUCUACAAAAUGAUAAACGUCUUAAUAUGGAAGAUUUUAUUAAGAACAAUUUAAAAAAUAAAGUCAUCGAAAAAAAUUUUAAGUACACAAAUAAUGAUAUAGUAACCAAAAAAAAUAACCAUCAAGAAUCAAAUAUUAUUAAUUCGAAGGGUGAAUAUAAUAUAUAUUCAGAUAAAAGAAAAAAAGAAGAUGAAUUAAAUUUAAGCAGGAAGUCAUCACACGAAUAUGAUAAUAAAAUAUUUCAUUCGACAGGUAAUAAAUCUUUGAAUGUUUCUUAUGAAAAUAAUUUAUAUACUGAAAAAAAUAAAAAUAAAGGAACUAUAUUAAAGGAGGUAGUAGAACAUAUAAAUAAUAUAGAUGAAAAAUAUCCUCAUGAUUUAAAUAUAAAUUUUGUAAAAAAAUAUGUAAUAGAAGAUGAAGAGAAACAUCUAUUGCCCUUAGAAAUGGAAUAUAAUUUUUUGUCUAGUGAUGAGAAAUUCGAUUUAAAUAAAUUAAAAAAUAACAAUGAUACAAUAUAUAUGAAACAUCAAAAUGAACAAGUAUUAUAUGAUAUGAAUAAAAAUUUAUCGAUUCAAAGUAAUAAAAAUAGUAUAUAUAGUGAAAUGAAAAUGAAUCAUUAUGCAGACCAAAAAAAUAAUAAAGAAGAAAGAAAUUAUGAUAAUUUUACAUGUACACAAAAAAAAAAUUACCAUAUAAUAAAUAGUGACAGAGAAAUGAAUUAUAAUAAUAUUAAAUAUACACCAAAUGAAAAAGAAGGAACUUCAAAUAUUCAUCAUAAUUUUAAUUCUAAUGAUAAUAAUAUAACAAACUCUGGACUUUUUAAAUUAGAUGAUGUUAAAGAAUUUCUAGACACAUUUAAGGAUUCAUACAUAGAUAGUCAUAAUAAAAAAGAAAACAUUUUAAAUAUGAGAGAUAAGAAUAAAGAAGAGCAGAGAAUAAUAUAUGUAUCUGAUAAAAUAUUUAAUAACACUAAUAUGAAUAUUAUGGAUGACAACAAAAUAUAUGAUGAAAAAAAUAUACAUAAGAAUAAGAAGAAAUCUACACAUAAUGAUAUCAUGAAUGAUAAUAUUAAUUUUUUAAGUAGUUCAAUAAAAAAUAAUGAAGAAAAUUUAUUUUUAGAUACAUAUCAAAAAAAAAAAAAUCUCAUGGCAGAUAUUUAUAUGAAUAAGAUUAAUACUAAUCAAGAUGAUGAAGAUGAUAAUGAAAAAAAACAAAAAAAGUUAAUUUUAUUUGAAUAUUCAAAAAAUGACCAAGUGAUACAUAAUAAUAAAAAUAAUUUAGAGAGUAUAGAAGAAUUCUGUGAUUUUAUUGAAAAAAAAAAUAAAAUAAUAAUAAAUGAGUCUUAUCAAAAAAAAGAUCAAUCAUAUCUGAAUGAUAGAAAAGAUAAUGAAGUGUCUUUACAACUUAUAAAUAAUAACAAAGAUUCUUCAUUGUUAGAUAAUAAAAAAAAAAAUUUUGAAAUAAUAAAAAAGGAAGAUGAUGCAUAUGACUUGAAAUGUUCCUUAGAAAAUAAUAAUAAUAAUAAUGAUAAUUUGGUUAUAACAAAUGAGAUUAGAGAAGAUAGAGAAAAAAAUGAUAUUUAUAAAAGAGACAUUAUAAAUAUAAAAGAUGUAAGUGUAUCUCCUCUUAUAGAUAAUCGUCAUAAUUUAAAUACCAUGAAAAAGGAUAUAACCAUUGAACCUUUCAAAAUAAUAAAUGGAAAAAAUAAAUUAAUAAAGGAUUUAAAAAAAAUUCAAGAACAAGUGGAAAGAAAAAUAAAGAAAUAUAAAAUACAAAUGGACCAAGAAAAUAAGAAACCACCACCUUCAAAAAAUAAGACUAAUAUGAAAAGUAUAAAAUUAAAGAUUGACGAUCAAGACAAUAUGGAUUCUCCAUGCAUUGUAGAUUAUGUGUUAAAUCAAAUAGGAAACAAAAAGAUGGGUCAAUAA